AUGUACGGAAAUUCCAGCGUGUUGAGCAUCUCUCCUGUAAUAAAUUCCUGUCCAGGCUAUUCAUUUCCGUCUGUGGUCUGUGUGAACAAUCAUGGCAGUGUUUUAUCCCCAGGUUUCAAACGCGAAGUUCACGAUGUGAUCGGAGAUGCCGAUACAUACCCCACCAUCCAGAUGCCCGAUGAUCAUUCCUUUCAGGCAGUGCAGCAAGCUCAUUUCGUCCUUUUCGAUCCUCACAUGGGACCUGAUAUCCUUGGGCCAAGUCCACGAUUGGACUUUAUGUUUGAGCUGACAGAGGUUACACACGAGGGCCCAGUGUAUGUUCCGGAGACGAAUGAGCUAUACAUGUCUCGACUGGAAAAAGACUAUCUCUACCAACUAGUGGUUGACCUCACGAAUGACCCGCCGACAUUGUCACAGCGCAUGGCUCAACCCCCCAUCUAUGCGGGAGCUGGGGCACGGUAUCGCGACGGCUUGAUAUACUAUGCAACGUUAGGUGGCAGCGAGAAGCUUGGUUCUAUGCCAAUCCGACCGGGUAUAUAUACGCUGAACAUUUCGUCUGGACAUAGUACAGCUCUGCUGAACAAUUACUAUGGUUACUUUUUCAAUAGCGUGGACGAUUUAGACAUCUCGCCCGCUGGUGACGUGUGGUUUACAGAUAAUGACUAUGCCCAUUCAACAGGUGUCAACUCGGAGGCGCCUCAGCUGCAGACUGCGACAUACAGAUUUACACCAUCAACAGGCGAAGUUACUAUGGUCGAAUCGUCCCUCCAGGAACCCAACGGUAUCUCAUUCUCUCUGUCAGGCUCAACUUUGUUCUUGACAGACACUGGCGCUGGCAGCCCAUCUGGUGUUGGGAAACCGUUACAGUAUAAAAGUACCGGCCCCCGAACAGUAUAUGCCUUUGAUGUCGAUGCUGAAGAUGGUAGUCUGCGAAAUAAAAGGGCCAUCUACCAAGCAAUUGAAUAUGUGCCAGAUGGCAUCAAAGUCAGUAGGAAUGGCUAUUUGAUCACGGCAGCCGGACAUGGACUAGAUAUUCUUGCUCCAAAUGGGAAACUAAUUGCACGAAUUCUGACGAAUUUUACUGUGGCCAAUCUGGCCUUCGCUGGCAGAGAUGGAGAGCAAAUCUGGGCUGUUGGAAAAGGCGGUGCAGCUCGGGUGCUUUGUAGACUGAGGGGCCCUUGA